GAGAGGAGAGGGAAAGGAGAACGGAACCCUCGACGGAACCGCCGCCUCCACUGUCCGGGGGGCGGUAGAGAUGGCGGCGAAGAGGCUCCUCCUCCUCUCCCGCUGCCGCCUCAUUGCCCACCGCCCUUCCUGCCACAUCCCCUUCCUGCCGCCCGCGCUCGCCCGCUACCUCGGCUCCCCAUCCAGCCCCAACCCCAACCCCAAGAAUACUAGUAGCAUGGGGACGGCAUCGUCGGGGGAGGAGGAGGAAGACGACGAGGGCAAAGCUUUCCCGUGGAGGAGAUGGAGGCCUGACGUGGCCUGGCUCCCCAAGGCCCUGGAGCCCGCACUGCAACUCUACAACCAAUACAAGCCUUUCCUCACUAGUGCGCCUACUGACAAUAUCCCCGCAAGCACCCGCACCUUCAGCGAGAUCCUAAGCGACCUCCAGCGGAGCAAGGUCAGCAUUAAGGACUGGAGUCUCACUGAUCUCACCAUCGGCCUCUACCUCAUCUACCUCAGCCAAGCUUCUGCAAAGGAUGCUCAAGCCUUCAAGGGUCUUCAUAUCUCCUGCAACAACAAGGUUCAACAACUAAUUUAUCACCUUGAGCUUGCAAGAGGUUGCUAUAAGGGCAAUGCCACUGGCCUUGCACGCCAUUCUAUGCUUCGCAAGAGGAACGUUCUCAAAUUCGUCAAGGACUCCAGUAUUCUCAGACCUGGCUAUUACAUUGCCAUUGAUCCACGCACUAAAUUGGUCAUCCUUGGGAUUCGUGGGACUCACACUGUUUAUGACCUAGUUACCGAUUUGAUUGCUCUAAGCGAUAAGAAGGUAUCACCUAAAGGUUUCUCGACACACUUUGGAACAUAUGAGGCCGCCCGUUGGUACCUUCGCCAUGAGUUGGGACUUAUCAGAAAGUGUUUGGAAAAGCAUAAGGAUUACAAGUUGCGCCUGGUAGGGCACUCCCUUGGAGGUGCUUCAGCCGCGUUGCUUGCUAUAAUGCUAAGGAAGAAGUCAAAGGAAGAGCUUGGAUUUAGUCCUGACGUUAUAUCAGCUGUUGGAUAUGGAACCCCGCCUUGUGUCUCAAGAGAAAUUGCUCAAAGUUGUGCAAGCUAUGUUUCAACUGUUGUACUGCAGGAUGAUAUCAUCCCUAGAUUAAGUGCAGCUUCACUGGCAAGAUUGCGAGCCGAAAUACUCAAAACAGAUUGGGUAAGUGUUUUGGAAAAAGAAGACUGGAAGCAUAUAGUGGACAUUGUGACUAAUGCUAAGCUUGUAGUUUCGUCAAUUCAAGAUGUGGCGCGCAAGCUUGCUGAUUAUGCUAAAAUUGUCACAGUAUCAACUAGUUCUGAUGCCAUCAAAGAUCAAGAUCGCCCCCUGAGCACCAGUGAAGUAUUGUCACCGGAUAGUAAAGAGGAUGUAUUUGUGCCAGAAGAUCUGUUCCUUCCUGGGACUCUGUAUUACCUCAAGAGGGACAUUGAGGAUAUAAACGGUGUAGAAGAUGAGUCGUAUACACUCUGGAGAGGUGAUGCCGGGGAGAAUUUUCAGAGGAUACUGUUAUCUGGCAAUCUGAUAUCCGAUCACAAAUGUGAAAGCAUAUAUUACGCCCUGAGGGAUGUGCUCAAGACUCUGCCGCCCCAGGAAUCAGGAUGACAAGUAGAAGUUCCUUUUCAAGCUUUUUGCAGGAUAAUCUCCAUCUAUUCUGUAGUUUGUCAUCUCGAUACAAUAGAGGAAAGCAUAUUUUUGUUGCUCCUUAGUUCUCCCAUGGGUAAAGGCGAAAGUCUGCCGGCUUUGGGGGAAAUAGAAGAAUAGAGCUUGUUGUACAGUUUUGUGUGUGUGUGUGUGUGUGUGUGUGUUUGUAAGGGAAAAAACAAGAAUAAUAGAGAAGAAAUGCUUAACACUAUCUUGUUGCAUGCAGUGAAAGACAUUGCAGCUGGUGUAGUUACUUUGACUAA